AUGAAUGCACUAAUUUGGAACAUAAGAUCAGUAAACACUAAAAACGCUUUCAAGAGGCUUUUAACAAUGCAUACAAAAUAUAAGUUCUUUCUUAUAGGCCUGAUGGAACCAUUUCAACAGGCUUAUAAGUUAGAAUCUUAUAGGAGAAGGCUUGGAAUUAAGACUGCUUUGAGCAAUGUAUCUGGAAAAAUAUGGGCUUUCAUUGAUGAGGAGUAUGAAGUCACAGUGUUAAUGGACACUGUUCAGCAGCUUACUUUGAAAUUAUUCAAUUGGGAUACUGAUCUUGAUAUGAUAGUUACUUUAGUGUAUGCUAAGUGUGACAGAAUUGAGAGAAUUGAAUUGUGGGAUUCCAUGUAUAAUCUUGCAUCAUACAUGACUCUCUCUUGGCUUGUUGGUGGAGAUUUCAAUGUCAUUGUGGAGGAGGAGGAGAAAUAUGGUGGCUUACCUGUAACUUUAAAUGAAGUAGAGGACUUCAGACACUGUAUUCAGACCUGUAAUCUAAGUGACUUGGGUUAUAAAGGAAGCAUUUUCACCUGGUGGAAUGGGAGGGCUGCAGAUGAAUGUGUGUUCAAGAGGCUAGAUAGAUGCCUUGGAAUUUUUGAAAUGCAACAGCAAUUUCCAGGAUUGGAAGUUAGUCACUUAAUCAAGCUGGGGUUUGAUCACUCUCCACUUCUGGUAGAAUGUAAACAGGAGGUUCAGAAAUUUAAGAAAUCAUUUAAGUUCUUAAAUUUCUGGACAAAGCAUGCAGAAUUUCUACAUUUUGUGAAGGAUAAUUGGCAGACAGAUGUGGUGGCCAAUUCUUUCAUGACCUUUAAUAUCAAUCUUAAGAAACUGAAGAAGAAUAUCACUAAUCUUGAAGAAGUCAUCAAAACUCAUGAGGCACUGUUUGAGGCAGAUCCUUCUAAUGUCAAUAGGGAGAAACUUCAAAAAGUGCAAGCUGAGAUGACAAGAGCAUUGCAUAUUGAGGAGGAAUAUUAG